AUGGAAGUCGUCCUUCCAUCCGAGGAGAGCGGCUACUUCAGCUCUGGCUCGCUGCGUCGAUCCCACUCACAGGCCCAAUUCGUCAACACGCCCACGGCGACAUCUCUCGAGAGGUCGUAUAAUCCUGUUACCAGCUCAUACUCUCAAUCCGCGCCCUCCACUGCAUCCUCAUCUCCCCGCACGCAUCACCCAGAUUCUGCCGAUCUCAGCUGCUCCUCAACCCCCGCAAGCAACUUUUCACUGCCCUACGACUUCGACGACACUCUGGCUAUUGACGAGACUGCUAUCGACGAUGACUUCGGCUUCCCGUCAUACAAGCGGGAUCAGCUGUUUCUUCAGGCCCCCUCUGGCACAUACGAAGAGCCUCCCCCGAGCCCUAGAACCGGCGACUCAUACACGCCAUCUCCUGCCGACUACGGUAGCGCAACCGAUACACCUAAACCUGACACUCCCGAAUGCUCCGAGCACGCCGAAGACGACACCGCUGUGACCACCCGUCCGUCUCGUCAAGUGGACUAUCUAUCGCAUGAGUGGAGAGAAGAAGAUAUCUGGUCUUCGUGGAGAUACAUUGUAUCUCGCCGGGGCGAGUAUCCGAACAGUGCUAGGUUGGAAAAUGCAUCUUGGCGUACAUGGAUGAAGUCAAAGAACAACCUGAGCACCGUGUCACCGGAAACCCUUAAUUGGCUGAAGGAGUGCGAUGUCACCUGGCUAUAUGGGCCCCUGCAACUGGGAGAGCGAAAACUCUCACCCUCCAAGACGGAAUCCUCAAGCGCUUGCCUGUCAAAGACCGAUUCUUUUAUCGGACUCCACAAGAAGCCUAUUCUGAAGAAGCGAAGUAUGUCUGAAGUCAUGCUUCAGAGAUCCUUGUCCACAGCUUCUCUGUUGAAACAGGCUACCGCUGUGGUUCAAGCUCAGGAGACGAAGAAGGUGCUCAGGCCAAGCUUGGUUAGGUCGAGGACUGAUUUUGUGACAUAUCCCUUUUCAAGUCGACGGAUGAGUCACGAUCUUACCAAUAGUAGUACAGCUGCCUCCACCGAAUCGUCAGGUAUCACAUCGCCAAAUACGGAGAGGAAGCAUAUCCACUUCAAUGAGCAGGUCGAGCAAUGCAUCGCCGUCGAGAUUAAGGGUGAGGAUGACGAUGAGGUUGAUAUUGAACCCUUGAAUUCUGACAGCGACUCCGACGAUGGCGUGGUCAUGAAACGAUCAAGGUCGAAGAAAAUCAUGCCUAAAAUGAGGAAGAGGAACCGAGGCUCUUUACCUCCCGAGGGGAGAACGAUUGCAAUGCUUCCCUCUACUACGCUGAAAUAUCGCGAAGACACGCCCGAACCGCAAGAGACUGCCAUGAAGCACUCACGCAGUCCUGUCCUCUCCCCCUCGUCUUCGCAGGAGACUCUUCGACCUUCUCGUCGCUCAACCCGAUUCAUGUUCGGCGAUGACGACGAUGACGAGGAAGAUCCAACUGACGGCUUCUGCGAUCCUAACGCUGGCUGGCGAUCUCCUACGUAUGGUUCUGGUGGGGGGCUUCAACGAUCAACAUCUUCGGGGAGUUUAAACGAGGUGCCGGGUGGAAUGCGGCGAACUCCAUCCGGCAUGUUGAUGCCUAGUGAAGACAUCGAUGCCGCUACAGGUGACACUAUCUUCGGUCGUGUUAUUGACACUGUCAACACUGCCCGAGAUAUUGCGCAUGUCAUCUGGAACGUCGGUUGGAGAAAGUAA